CCAGCAUCAACAUUCACAAGUUGAAACCUACAAAGCGAACAAGAGAAAAAGCUCAGUUUUGAGACAAAGUGCAUAAGCAUAUACUACUACUCGUAUCUACUAACGUGAAAUAGAGCGAUUUACGACACAGUUUCACAAAGAUUUUCAAAAAACUACCAAUACACAACAAACUUCAAGUUUUCUGCAUUUUUUGGAUCAUUUUCAACUGAAUUCACAACUACCUAAAAAUGGUGCAAAAACGAGCCAUCGGAAUCGACCUGGGUACCACCUACUCCUGCGUUGGUGUCUGGCAGAAUGGAAAAGUUGAAAUCAUCGCCAACGACCAGGGGAACAGGACGACCCCCUCGUACGUCGCCUUCAACGAUACGGAACGACUGGUCGGAGACGCUGCCAAAAAUCAAGUCGCCAUGAAUCCACAAAACACCAUCUUUGACGCGAAACGUCUCAUUGGAAGAAAAUUUGACGACCAGAACGCCCAAGCCGACAUGAAACAUUGGCCAUUCAAAGUGGUCAACUGCGGAGGCAAACCACAAUUCGAGGUGGAAUUCAAGGGAGAAACGAAGCGAUUCAUGCCGGAAGAAAUCAGCUCCAUGGUUCUCACCAAGAUGAAGGAGACGGCGGAAGCGUACCUUGGAACAAAGGUGACCGACGCGGUCGUCACUGUGCCAGCCUAUUUCAACGACUCGCAACGCCAAGCCACCAAAGAUGCCGGGGCCAUUGCGGGAUUGAACGUGCUUCGAAUUAUUAAUGAACCUACGGCUGCCGCGUUGGCGUAUGGAUUGGACAAGAACUUGAAGGGGGAGCGAAACGUCCUCAUCUUUGACUUGGGAGGGGGAACUUUUGAUGUUUCGGUGCUCACGAUUGAUGAAGGAAGCUUGUUCGAAGUUAAAUCAACGAACGGAGACACCCACUUGGGCGGUGAGGACUUUGACAACAGGAUGGUCAUCCACUUCUGUGACGAGUUCAAGCGCAAAUUCAAAAAAGAUUUGACCACCAAUUCCCGAGCCAUGCGACGACUUCGAACCGCUUGCGAGAGGGCGAAAAGAACUCUUUCCUCCUCCACGGAAGCAUCCAUCGAGGUGGACUCGUUACACGAUGGGAUCGAUUUUUACAGCAAGAUCUCCCGAGCUCGAUUUGAAGAACUUUGCAUGGACAUGUUCCGCAAUACCAUGGAACCAGUGGCAAAGGCGUUGAUAGAUGCAAAAAUGGAUAAGUCCCAAAUCCAUGACGUCGUCCUGGUCGGAGGAUCCACUCGAAUUCCCAAAAUUCAGAAAAUGCUUCAAGAUUUCUUCAACGGGAAAGAACUCAACAAGUCAAUUAACCCGGAUGAAGCUGUCGCUUACGGUGCCGCAGUCCAGGCCGCGAUUCUGUCUGGAGAUCAAAGUUCACAAAUCCAAGACGUUCUUUUGGUCGAUGUGGCUCCACUUUCCCUCGGAAUCGAAACUGCUGGAGGAGUAAUGACGAAAAUCAUUGAGCGAAACUCCCGAAUUCCAUGCAAACAAGCGCAAACUUUCACCACUUACUCGGACAACCAGCCAGCCGUCUCAAUCCAAGUGUUUGAGGGUGAGCGAGCCAUGACGAAAGAUAACCAUCUCUUGGGCACCUUCAACCUCGGCGGGAUUGCUCCAGCACCACGUGGCGUUCCCCAAGUCGAGGUCACCUUCGACAUUGACGCCAACGGGAUUAUGAACGUGUCCGCGGCUGACAAGGGGAGUGGAAAGACGGAAAAGAUUACCAUCAAAAACGACAAGGGUCGUCUGUCCAAGGAAGAAAUCGACAGAAUGCUGUCCGAUGCGGAAAAAUAUGCGCAAGAAGACGCCAAGCAAAGGGAGAAGGUUCAGGCUCGCAACCAACUGGAGAACUACGUCUUUGGCGUCAAACAAGCCGUGGAGGAAGCAGCUCCCGACAAACUUCCUGCCUCUGAUAAGCAACAAGUUCUCGCCAAAUGUCAAGAGACGAUGAGAUGGUUGGACAACAACUUGCUGGCAGAGAAGGAAGAGUAUGAAUUCAAGUUGAAGGAAGUAGAAGGUGAAUUCAAGCCGAUCAUGAUGAAAAUGCAUGGCGGUGGGGGUGCUGCGGGUCCUGCUGGUGCUGGUGGGAUGCCUGGUGGGUGUGGGCAACAGGCUCGCAGAGAAGCUGGUGGACACCAUGGUGGCCCCACGGUGGAGGAAGUGGAUUAGAAAUAUUUGGUUAUGAAAUUUGUAUGUUUUGUUUAAUUUUCAUAUUUAUUUGAAAAGCUUAAAAAGUAGAUCUCACAUCUCACUUGACUGUUGACUUCUAGUAGCCUUAUUGCUACUUAAUAUAUUAUUAUAAGUACAUAAUUGUAAGAAAUAAUAAUAAUAUUUAGUAAUAGUAAUAUGCCCUGUAAAUAAAAUUGUAAAUAAUAUCUGUAAAUACGAAAAAUAAGUAUCUGAACUGAAUAAAGUUAUGUUGAAAGUGAA